AUGGACCAAUACUUCUGCGCGCUCUGCGGCGGCCCCUUCAGCGUGCCCGAGCGCACGAGAGCAGGGCCGGCCGACCCCGACAAGGACGCACGGACGCUCGUAGAGGGCGACGAAGACUUUGAGUAUACGUACGACGGCGAGCGGGUAGCGAAGGAGGAGCUGAUGUGGCUGGUGCGCCUGCGCGUGCUCGCGCCGUACUACGACCAGCGGGAGUACCCCACGGGCAUGCGCGUGCGGGAUGGAUACUGGGUCUCGGGGGUCGGGGUUGAGUGUUCGCUGAACACGGCUACGGUGCCGUACCUCUACGACGAUGUGGAGAACGAGGAUGAUCUCGACGCGCGGGACAAGGACGGGGUGGCGGAGGCCAUCGACGUGUAUGGCGACCCGGACGAUCGUGCGCCGCGCGCACUGUGGGCAUACCCCUUCCACGACGGGUGCUUCCAGAUCCUCGAGGCCGCGCUGGCGUUCGCGGAGGACCAACCAGGUGCGCCGACGAGGAUACCGUGGAGCGUCGUGCACCAUGUGUUCGGGACGCACUGCGAGGCGGAGGGCGGGGUGGACUGCGCGCUGCAGCUCGACUAUGGGCAUACGUGCAUCGAGCAGUACUGGACGGUCAAUCGCGGAGAGGAGCGAUACGUAUCGGACCCGAUCAAUGUCCCCGCGCUGCGGGAGCUCCUCACCAACCCGCCGCCCCUGGCAGCCGCGUCGACCCCGCCUCCCAAGCUCGGGCACAUAAACACGAAAUCGGACGCCUUCGCGCGCCUCCCAGCAGAACUGCUCUUCCAGGUCCUGUCCUACCUCCCCGACGCGGCCGUCGCAGCGCUGCGCCUCGCCUCGCGCGCGGUAGCGUCCCUCGCGCUGGACGCGUCGCAGGCAUUCUGGCGCGCCCGCAUUGCGUACCUGCCGUGCGUACUCCCGGCGGAUUUGGAGUGGACUAAGGGGAAAGGUGGGGACUGGCGGGAGGUGUACAGGAUUCUGCGUGUGGGUGAGGUGGAGGCAUUGGGGUUCACGAAUAGGAGGAGGGUGUGGGGAAUUUGUAUGGGCGUGGUGCGGGAGGCGGCGGAGUUGGUGAAGGGCGGUUUCGUGCCUGAGGACGUGAGAAUGUGCGAGAGGGAUGGUGGGUCUGAGGGGGGGCAUCAGUACGCUGGGGAGCAUGGUUCUGGUGGAGAGGAUGAGUCAGAACAGGGGAAUGAAUCUGAAGCAGAAGAUGGAGACGACGCGUUGGAAGGGUGAAGGGAGUGAUACAUCAUAAUAUACAAAGGAUUUCCCAACUAUUUUUCUUUUUUUUGGGUUAGGCGAUGUGCUGAACGCCUAAAACUACACUAUGUCAUGGGCUGCUUUGUGAAUAAGGGUACAUGAUCACUGAAUUUUUUUC